AGACCCAGGUACGAGCCAGAUCCGUACGAGGCUCGCGAGCCCAGCGCUGGGCCUGGGCUGGACCGCCCCACGCGACUAGGCUGCCGUGUGCCCGGCCGCCGCCCGAGCGUCUCCGCCUUCGCCGGCGGAGACCCGGAGCCCGAGCGACAGCGCGGCGGCCGCCCGCGGAUCCCGGAGCCGCGAUGUUCCCCAAGGAGGCCAAGUGGAACAUCUCGUUCGCGGGCUGCGGCUUCCUCGGCGUCUACCACAUCGGCGUGGCCUCCUGCCUCCGCGAGCACGCGCCCUUCCUGGUGGCCAACGCCACGCACAUCUACGGCGCCUCAGCCGGGGCGCUCACGGCCACGGCGCUGGUCACCGGGGCCUGCCUGGGCGAGGCAGGUGCCAACAUCAUUGAGGUGUCCAAGGAGGCCCGGAAGAGGUUCCUGGGUCCCCUGCACCCCUCCUUCAACCUGGUGAAGACCAUCCGUGGCUGUCUGCUGAAGACUCUGCCCGCUGACAGCCAUGAGCGUGCCAGUGGGCGCCUGGGCAUCUCUCUGACCCGUGUCUCAGAUGGAGAGAACGUCAUUAUAACCCACUUCGACUCCAAGGACGAGCUCAUCCAGGCCAACGUCUGCAGCACGUUCAUCCCCGUGUACUGUGGCCUCAUUCCACCCUCCCUCCAAGGGGUGCGUUAUGUGGAUGGCGGCAUUUCAGACAACCUGCCACUCUAUGAGCUGAAGAACACCAUCACGGUGUCCCCCUUCUCGGGAGAGAGUGACAUCUGCCCACAGGACAGCUCCACCAACAUCCAUGAGCUCCGGGUCACCAACACCAGCAUCCAGUUCAACCUGCGCAACCUGUACCGCCUCUCCAAGGCCCUCUUCCCUCCAGAACCCAUGGUACUUCGAGAGAUGUGCAAACAGGGCUACAGGGAUGGUCUGCGCUUCCUGCGGAGGAACGGCCUCCUGAACAGGCCCAACCCCUUGCUGGCACUGCCUCCCACCCGCCCCUGUGACCCAAAGGAGGAAGACACCCAGGAGGCUACUGUGGUCACAGAGAAGACUGGAGCAGAGGACCACUUGCAGCCGCCCAGGGAAGAUCACAUCCUAGACCACCUGCCUGCCCGGCUCAAUGAGGCCCUGCUGGAAGCCUGCGUGGAGCCCAGGGACCUGAUGACCACUCUGUCCAACAUGCUGCCAGUGCGUCUGGCCACAGCUAUGAUGGUGCCCUACACGCUGCCACUGGAGAGUGCUGUGUCCUUCACCAUUCGCUUGCUGGAGUGGCUGCCUGAUGUUCCAGAGGACAUCCGAUGGAUGAAGGAGCAGACGGGCAGCAUCUGCCAAUACCUGGUGAUGCGUGCCAAGAGGAAGCUGGGCAGCCACCUGCCCUCCAGGCUCUCGGAGCAGAUGGAGCUGCGCCGUGCCCAGUCACUGCCCUCCGUGCCACUGUCCUGUGCCACCUACAGCGAGGCACUGCCCAGCUGGGUGCGCAACAACCUCUCACUUGGGGAUGCGCUGGCCAAGUGGGAGGAGUGCCAGCGUCAGCUGCUGCUGGGUCUCUUCUGCACCAAUGUGGCCUUCCCUCCGGAUGCCUUGCGCAUGCGCACCCCUGCCGGCCCCACCCCCACAGACCCCAUGCCCCCACAGCACCCACCGGGCCUGCCUCCUUGCUGAGUGCUCAGCCUUCCCCAGCCCAUGGGGCUCAGGUUUCCGGGACUGUCUGAGAACCCAUCCCUUGCCUCUUAGUUGUCUACUGUGCAGCAAGGAGACAGAACCCCUCACGGCCACAAAGGGGGCUUUGCUGUGAAUCCCCCUCCAUCAACUACUCACUCACUGCACUGAGUUUGGAGGGGUGUGGAGUGCCCCUUCUCUUGGGCUGCAGAGGCCACUCCACCUGUGCCUUAAUCCCCUACCCUUGCCUGCCCCUUCUCAGUGCAGGACUUCCAGAGAACCCCACAUCAGCUCCUCCCACCCAUUUCCCCUGUUUUGCUCAUGAAUAUGUGUGAAGAAUUAUUUAUUUUUGCCAAAGCAGAAGUAAUAAAUGCCAGAGCUCAGCAUCUACCUUCUUCA